ACUACUGCGUCAGUUCCGUCAGAACCACAGAAGAAGAAGGAGGAGCAGGAGGAGCAGCCGGAAGUGUGUAGCAGCAGAGAUUAGCCUGUUAGCCUGCAGGCUAACGGUGUGUUAUGAGGCUCAUCAGCUGAGGUGUCCUGUGAUGACGUCAUUCUUCCUGUCAGGCCUCACUUAUUACAGGAGCUCUGAUGAUGUCACAGGUGUUGCUCUAAGCCCCGCCUCCUGUGUGCAGGUGUGUGACCCGUGCUGACCUCAGCGGGCGUUGCCGUGGGCGAUGGCUCUGAUUGAAGGCGUGGGUGACGAGGUGACGCUGCUGUUCGCCUCCCUGCUGCUCCUCCUCGUGCUGCUGCUGGCCUGGAUCUCCACCCGCACCUCGGAGCCCCCGGAGCACCUGUUCACCUCCACCUCAGGCCCCGCCCCCUCACUGAGGAGCCCCGCCCAGCAGGACACGCCCCCCUCCUCCACCAACACCUCCUCGUCAUCCUCAUCAGGAUCUGUGAGUGACAGCUCCCUGACAGAAGGCCCGCCCACCAACACCUCCACCCAGGACAAGGAGGUGGGGAGGGGAGGGGGUGAGGGGGGAGGAGAUGGUGUGAGGAGCACAGGAGGAGCAGGAGGAGAAGGAGGAGAAGGAGGAGAAGGAGCAGAGCCUUCGUCCUCUCAGAGGAACAUGGUGGUCCGACUCAAGUUUCUGAACGACACAGAGAGAACAGCUCAGGUCCAACCACAAGACACCAUCGGGUACAUCAAGAGGACCUACUUUGCGGGUCAGGAGCAGCAGGUCCGGUUGAUCUAUCAGGGUCAGCUGCUGCAGGAUGACACUCAGACUCUGGCCUCUCUGAACCUGGUCCAUAACUGCGUCCUGCAUUGUCACAUCUCUCAGCACGCAGGUCGCGGGGCGGCGACUGGGCCGCGGCCCGCUGACCAGGUGCAGGUGGCUCUGAAUGUGGGCAGCCUGAUGGUGCCACUGCUGGUUCUCAUGCUGUCCGUGCUGUGGUACUGUCAGAUCCAGUACCGGCAGUUCUUCACCGCCCCAGCCACCGCCUCGCUGGUCGGAGUCACCAUCUUCCUCAGCUUGGUGGCCUUCGGAGUCUACCGCCGCUAGCUGCUCUCUGAUUGGCCGCUGCCUCCGUCAGCCGGGUGGAGCCGGCCUGGACUCAAACCUGUGGCGUUAAUCGGACCUGAUAGCUAAUGUUUGAUCUGUGUUUCCAUGGAGACGGCGAGUGUUAACAAGGACGUUUUCUUUUUUUAGAUCAUCCGUAGGUUCUCAUCAUCGUGCCUCUUUCUGUUUGUUCUGGUCCUGAAGAUGGGUCGGUGUCAGACUAGCACCAGACUGUGGACCGGACCGGACCGGUCUGUCUGUAAAUGAAAUGAGCUUUUGAAGAGAGAGAUUCUAUUAAACGGUUUAUUUAU